AUCGUUAAGUGUAUGUAUUGAGAAUAUCCCCGAGUUGGUCAUCAUCAAUCAAAUUUUUUUGUUGCAUGUUUCACUAUCAUCAUUUCGCACUUUGAAUAUAUUGAUUGAUAAGGAAGAAAGAAAAAAUCUUGUUAUGUUAAGAUCAUGUUCUAAUCAUUAUCAUCGAAUAUUUUUGAAACGUUAUUCGCCACUCUCGUCAUCCUUAUUCUGUCGACAAUUUAACCACCAUCAACACCGCCAUCGUCAUCAAUAUUAUCGUAAUAAACAACAAACACCUCCGAAUAAUAAUUUAAUGAGCCUUAAAACUAAUCAUACAAAUUGUUCAUCAUCAUCUGCAUCAUCAUCAUCGAAUGUUGAACAUCAUUUUCCUGAACCAUUCGAAUUUCGACCAAAAAAAGUAUUAGUUAUUGGAAAAUUUUCUCGUUUAGAAUUUGAAAAACAUCGUAAUCCAGAUUUAAGUGAUAAAGAACUUGCCGAAUAUGUAAGCAUAAUAAUAAUGAUGAUAUUCAAAUUCAAAUUUGAUUUUUCCUUGUUUCUUUUUGAUCAGAUUGAAAAUCAUGGUUCAGAUUAUCAAUCAUUAUUAUAUCAUCAUAAAAUUCAUUCAACAAAUCGUGAACAUAUUGUUAAAUGUUUACAACAACGAAAUAUUGAAUGUCGUGUUGUUAAUCGUUUUGGUUACACGCGGGAAUUAAUCGAUUGGUCUGAUAUGAUUAUAACAUCGGGUGGUGAUGGAACAUAUCUGCUGGCCGCAAAUCAAAUUUCAAAUAAUAAUAAACCAUUAAUAGGUGUAAAUAGUGAUCCAUCAAGAUCAAUUGGUCAUUUAUGUUUGGAUAGAAGAUAUUCAAAUCGAUUUGAUCUUGCAUUAGAUGCAAUUCUUACCGGUCAAUUUGAAUGGUAUUUUCGUCAACGAAUUCGAAUUACAUUAGAAGGUGAAAGUGCCCUGAAUGAUCCAGUUGAACUACAUGAUCAACAAUUAAUGCAACGUGAAUGUAGAUUUUGGGAUUUGGAUAACAUUCAUCAAUUGCCUAAAAAAUCUACCCCAAACGAUAUAAAUGAAAAAAUCAAAACGACUAAUGAUCAACGACGUCGUGUAUUACCACAUUUAGCUUUGAAUGAAGUAUUUGUUGGUGAAUCAUUAUCAUCAAGAGUAUCAUAUUUUGAAAUGGCUAUUGAUAAUCGACCAAAAUUUAAGAUAAAAAGUUCGGGAACAACUAUUUGUACAGGAACUGGUUCAACAUCAUGGUUUUUCAAUAUUAACAAACUAACACCACAAUGUGUUUCGAAUCUUUUCAAUAUAAUUAAUGAAGAAAGAUUUGGUGGCCAAAAUCAUCAAUCACCACCACCACUCGAUCCAAAUGAUCAACGAUUAGUACAACGUAUUACGGAUCGUUUUAAUAGUUCAUUAAUUUAUUCACCAUCCAAAUUAUUAAUGGCAUAUGUUAUUCGUGAUCCGGUUGUAUUCGGUACAAAUUUUAAUAGUAAUCCGAAAGAUUUUGCCCAAAAAAUUGUGAUCAAAUCUCGUAUGACUGAUGCUCAUAUUGUUAUUGAUGGUGGUCUUUCAUAUGCAUUCAAUGAUGGAUCGAAAGCAUCAUUUGAAAUGUUUGAAAAAGAUGCAUUAAGAGCAAUCAAAUUAAAAGAAUGAUGAACAUUUCAUUUAUUUAUUGCUGCUUCA